AUGGCGAAUUCUUCCUCUUUCCAGCAGCGCCUUGCGGCAAUGAGCUACGACCAAGUGCUCGAAGCGCUGUACGAAGAACCACGCGCUCUAGUACUCGCCUUGCCCGAGUCCUUCCGGGAUCAGCUUGCGCGAACCGUCCUUGAAACGGGUUGGAGGGCAAAGGAGGUGGGCAGGGCUGAAGGUCGCUUGGAAGGGAGGAGGGAUUCCAUCGAUGCAAAACUCAAGCUGUUCGGCUGUUCUGCACGGUCGCCGGUGAACGAGGUCCUUGAGUGUAUCGACACAUUGACCAGCUUCAAGUACGAAGGCUCGUCACCUGAAUUGGAGCGCAAAGCGCUCGUCGAAGCAGGCAGCUUCGAAGCUUUGGCAUACCAAACCGCUGGCUUCUCCGUAUCCAAUCUGCGCUCGAACCCCAAGCAAGGCGUACUGCUAUCCGCUUACUACCACCAGUCCAGCAAAAUCUGCAUCUCACGCAUCAUCGAGACCUUUGGUGCCAAGGAAGGCAGCCGCGACGAGUUCGACCUGCCGUUUAUCGAGAUGUGCAGGGAUCUUUCAUCUGCAGACUUUCUUCAAGUUUCUGAUGCCCUGCACAAGCUGCGCCAGAAUGCAAAAGACAUCUUGUGA